AUAAAUCUAGAAGGCAGUCGGUACAAGCUGAGAAUGGGAAGCCAGUGUAUUCCUGUAUAACAAUUAAUUUGCUUGUUGCCCACUCAUCUAACCUGCAAGCACCUCUACAAUCUCCAGUAUGCAGAGCCAGAGAAAUUCACUGUACAUGAUUGGUUUCAUUCUGCUUUUAUCUCAUUGUCUUCCAGCAUCCUAUGGAGACUCAAUAAUGAGGGAACUGCGUUGCCAAUGUAUCUCUACUGUAUCAACCCCCUUUCACAAAAAACACAUUCGCUCCUUAGAGGUUACUCCAAAUGGUCCUCAUUGUCCCAGGGUGGAAGUAAUUGUGACGUUACGCAAUGGAGUCCAACACUGUUUAAAUCCAAAAGCCAAGUGGUUAACCACCGUUGUCAAAAAGAUUCUUAAAAGGAAUUCACAGAAGAAAUGAAGAACUAAAGUUUCCAUCGGUUUCUUUAUAUUAGGUGUGUUUUGCAGUUCCUCAUAUCAUCCAGCAGUCUAUUUGUUCUCAAUAAACAGUAUGCAGUGGCUUAACUACCGUAGGGCAGAAGGUACAAGUUCAUCCGGCUCAAAGAAGAUAUCUUGUUUCUCUCUAACAGGAUCACGCCACCACACAAGUUUUUGCAGGGGUGUGCGUAGGGGAACCCGCGUUAACAGUUUUCUCCUGUGGGUUUGCAGUUAUGCCACUAACAGUAUCAGCUCAACAACCUGGUUUUCAAAUGGGUCACAUGUUAUGAGUGAAUAAGUUAGCACACAGAUAUGAGAAGAAAAUUCUCAGAACAUUAAAGGAACAAGUUUUGGCACCAUAAAAUGAGUCAAAAGCAGCUUCUAAAGGCACAGAACAUAGAACAAGCAAGGUUUGCUAUGUUAUAGUAAAGUCACCCUAAGUACAUUUACUGUAUAGUGGAAGAAAAUAUAUUCUGCAGCAUGAGCAAUCUAAGCUGUAACCCUACAAAUGUCGCCCCUCUCCGCCUAUGGUUAUGUUACAUGGAUAUGAAUUAUAUGAAUCGUAUUUAUUUUAAUGUAGCACUGGUUUCAGGGAAAAAUCUAUCUAAAUGAUUCAGCUUAAUGGUUAUGUUUAUUCUUCAUAUGCUCCUUUUAAAACAAUGAGCCAAUGUUAUGGGCUUAUUGUUAUCGCAGAGCACUCCACUUGAGACAUCCUAUUUCUGUACAUGUAUGAUCUGGAAACCCAUUAUCCAGAAAGCUCUGAAUUAUGGUAAGUCUAUAUACAUUAGACUUCAUUGUAAACAAAAAAAAAAAAUCACAUUUUUAAAAAUGAUUUAAUUUUUCUCUUUAAUAAUAAAACAGUACCUUGUACUUGAUUCCAACUAAGAUACUGUAUAAUGAAUCCUUACUGGAGGCAAAACAAUCCUAUUGGGUUUAUUUAAUGUUACAAUUAUUUUUUGUGUGUAAAUUAUGGAAAGAUCCCUUAUCCAUAAAAGCCCAGGUCCCAAGAAUUCUGGAUAAUAAGUCCCAUAUCUGAAUCUGAUUUAUACAAAUACAUAAGGGUUGCUAUAAUUUUUAUCAGCGUAGGGGUGGGGGCUGGGAUUUUAGAUUUUUCUCUCUUGAGAGAUAGUUGUGGAAUUGACAAGAUACUGUAACUGCAAUUGUGAUUAUUGUUCAUUAUAAUUCAUUAUACUUUAUUUUAUUUAAGCCUAAAUUAAUGAGAAAUAUAUUUCCAUUUAAUAUGUGUUAUUGCACCAUGCAUUUUUUAUGUUGAUCUUACUCAUCCUAAUAAACUUUUCCAUACUACAUUUACUAAUAGUUACAUAUAGUUAGUUACAUCUAGUUAUAUCUAACAUAGCAGUUGUCCCAUACUAGACAUAAUAGGAGCAAUGAGAUUCAAAAGUCUAGGGCAUAUACAUCUCCCUGUAUGUAUAACUAUUAUAUAUAUAUAAUUUUUUUUACUGUAAAAUACUCUAUAUUUAUAAAAAUAUAGGGUAUAUACAUUUCAUAUAUUACAUUUUUUAAAUAAAGUAGCUUUUUUUCAAA